GUGGUCGAUGGCUUUUGAUUAGACGGGCUAAUAUUUCACCUUCUGUUUCCGAGGUGCUGGUGCUCAACAGUGGACGCUCCGACCACAAACUGCCCCAAUCAUUUGCCACACAAACGCGAACGCACUCUAAUCAACUACUUAGGCCCACUCUAAACGGAAUCCGAAACUGAGAUCGGCAGGGCCUCCAAAUCAUUGCAUGCCACAAGAGUGUCAGACGGCCACGGCAGAAGGCCCAAGCCAAGGUGACUUUCCCUCGCGUUUUCCCACGGACAAGUACGAACGGGUGGAGAGUCAAAACAUAUCCACAGGACAGGCAAAACGACACCACGCAACACCCUGCUGGCCAUGUUUCCGGCGCUUGCUUCCUCGACAGCACCUGGGGCGUCGGCUCAGGGACAGCAACAUCCUCAGCUGCAGCAACAGCAACAGCUGCUGCAGCAGCCACAACUUCCUUUCAACAAUGCCGGAUUCGCAGCCCGUCCGAUACAAUCCCCAUCCCAGCACCAACCCUACCAACAACUCCCUCACCGCAUGUCCGGGGAUGUUACCGCGCAAGCACCACUCCUACCGCACAUCUCUUCGGACCAGCUGAGAGACCUGAUUACGAAAGCACGGGUGCUCAAAGAGAAAGGUGCAACGGAGAACAAUGACCCGGAGUUCGGCAGGAUUAUGGCCAUACUGCGUCAAUAUCAGAACAGCGCUACAGCACAGGCGUCAGCUCAUGCUGCGACGCAUCCACCACAACAACCCUACCAGCAGCCUUCCCUUCCACCGCCAACAACGGCUGAUAAUACCCGCGACGUUACUGGAGCCGCACCGAUGGAUGCUGAUGGGGAUGGAUCACAAACAGCUGUUUCUGGGCAAGCGGCAGGACCUUUCACGCAAGAGCAGCUCACAGCGCUGCGUUGUCAAAUCUAUGUUUUCAAGCUUAUCUCCAGUAACAAACCUGUUCCGGAGCACCUACGUCGGUUGGUGUUCAAUCCAGAUGGGUUACGGCCACCCGAGCCAAAACCAGAGCUUCACCCGAUACCCCAGACCAUCAUCGAGGCCUCUCAUAAACUUGGACAGGCUUUAGCUCAACAACCUACUUCACAACCACCCGCGGUUACCAAAGCGGUCGCUACACGCUUCGAAUUGGGUCCAUUUUCCACACCGCAGUCGGUGCUUCCUAAAAAGAUCACGAUGGCGGAUCUGCAGCAACGGCUGGUGAUACCUAGCGGAACUCCUAGCGGUAUCGAUCCUCAUGCUCUGAUACAGGAGCGAGAGAAGAAGAUCAAGGCGCGUAUACAAUACCGCAUACACGAACUGGAAUCGUUGCCGAGCAACCUGGCUAGCGAUACAGGUGCCAAGAUCCAGGCGCUCAUUGAGUUGAAGGCCCUGAAGCUUCUGGAUAAGCAGAAGAAGUUGCGUUCGGAGAUCUUGCAGUCUCUUGGGAAGGCUACAACGCUGGCGACUGCUGUUGAUCGGGGUGCAUAUCGCAGAGUCAAGAAGCAAUCACUCCGAGAAGCGAAGCAAACCGAAAAGUUGGAAAAGAAUCAACGAUUGGAACGGGAGAAGAGGGACAAGCAGAAGCAUCAGGACUACCUGCUUUCGAUUCUUCAGCAUGGCAGAGACUUGGUCGGUUUUCAUAAGCAGCAGCAGACAAAGGGCAUCCGCUUGGGACAAGCCGUCUCCAGAUUCCAUGCCAAUGCGCAAAAGGAAGAGGAGAAGCGGCAGCAGCGACUGUCACAAGAGCGUUUGAACGCUCUGAAGGCCAACGACGAAGCGACGUACUUGAAGCUCGUGGACAAAGUGAAAAACAACCGUAUUAUGCAUCUGCUGAACCAAACCGAGUCGUACUUGACCAGUUUAACAAAAGCGAUGCACGAUCAGAAAGCUUCCGUUCACGAUUACGAGGUGACGCACCACAAUACUCAAGGCGAGGAUGCCGGUGAUAACGAUUAUUACAACACAGCGCACAGGAUCCAAGAGACGGUCACGGAGCAACCGGAACUUUUGGUUGGUGGAAAGCUGAAGGACUACCAGCUCAAAGGGCUGCAAUGGAUGGUGUCGUUGUACAAUAACCGACUCAAUGGCAUCUUAGCCGAUGAGAUGGGUUUGGGCAAAACCAUCCAAACAUUGUCGCUGAUCACCUAUCUCAUGGAGAAAAAGAAGCAGCUGGGACCGUAUCUGGUCAUCGUCCCCUUGUCGACAAUCACCAAUUGGGAACUUGAAUUCGAACGAUGGGCGCCGAAGGUGAACAAGAUCGUUUUCAAAGGGACAGCGCCUGAGCGUGCGAAAGUUCGGAAUGACAUCAAGUCGGGCAAUUUCAACGUGGUUGUAACCACGUACGAAUAUGUCAUUCGGGAGAAAGCCGUGCUCAGCAAGAUCAAAUGGGUGUACAUGAUCAUUGACGAGGGACACCGAAUGAAGAACACGCAGUCGAAGCUAUCGAUGACGUUAGCGCGACACUACAUUACGCGUUAUCGAUUGAUUCUCACAGGAACACCGUUGCAGAAUGAUCUUCCCGAGUUGUGGGCUUUGCUGAACUUCAUUUUGCCCAAGAUUUUCAGUUCCGUCGACACCUUUGACGAUUGGUUCAACCAUCCUUUUGCCAAAGAAGGAGGGAAAGAAAACGACAUACGGCUGAAUGAAGAAGAGUCUUUGCUUAUCAUUCGUGGACUGCACAAGGUCCUUCGGCCGUUCUUGUUGCGACGUCUGAAGAAGGAUGUAGAGUCAGAACUGCCCGACAAGGUCGAGACAGUCGUCAAAUGCCCGAUGUCCGCGUUGCAGCACCGCUUAUAUGAGCAGAUUCGGAAUAAGCGGUCCAGUUUCGGCGGCGAUGGGGAGAAGAGGAAAAAGGCUCUCAACAACUUGGUCAUGCAAUUCCGAAAGGUUUGCAAUCACCCGUACGUCUUCGAAGAGGUGGAACACACCAUGAACCCAUAUGGCAUGACGGACAACAAUCUUUGGCGUGUUGCCGGAAAAUUCGAACUUCUGGAUCGUAUUCUGCCAAAGUACAAGGUUACGGGGCAUCGUGUCCUCAUGUUCUUCCAGAUGACUCAGGUCAUGGACAUUAUGGAGGAUUACCUUCGUUUCCGCGCACAUGCAUACCUCCGGUUGGAUGGACAUACCAAGGCUGAAGACCGAACGACCAUGUUGAAAGCCUUCAACAGCAAGGAGGAUCCGGAACCUCCCUUCAUUUUCUUACUCAGUACUCGUGCUGGCGGUCUGGGUCUGAAUUUGCAGACUGCUGACACUGUUAUCAUCUUUGAUUCCGAUUGGAAUCCUCACCAAGAUUUGCAAGCACAAGACCGAGCGCAUCGUAUCGGUCAAACCAAAGAAGUCAGAAUUCUUCGGUUGAUCACGGCGAGGUCCGUGGAAGAGACGAUCCUAGCACGAGCGCAGUACAAACUGGAUAUGGACGGCAAAGUCAUCCAAGCCGGCAAAUUCGACAACAAGACCACCGAUCGCGAACGUGACGAGCUUCUGCGAUCACUUUUUGGAGGAGAUGAGGACGAGGAAGACAAAGAUGAGGGUGAAGGACAGCUCGAGGAUACCGAUCUUAACGAGAUCAUUGCACGUGACGAGAGCGAGCUUGAGCUGUUUAACAAGAUGGACGCCGACCGCGUUCAAAAAGAGAAAGAGAUUUGGCGGGCGGCCGGACAACGGGGCGAUCCUCCACCUCGUUUGAUUCCGGAUUCUGAGCUUCCGGAUGCAUUCAAGAUUGUCGAUGAAGUGAUCACAGGGGACCAGGCGUUGGAAGUUUUUGGACGUGGAGCACGUGCACGAAAGGACAUUAGAUAUGACGAUGGGUUGAAUGACGAUCAGUACGUUGCUGCCCUCGAGGAUGGCGACGUUGAAGGCUAUAUCGAAAAGAGAAGGGCUGCGAAAGCUAAACGGGAGGAGCGGAAGAGGUUGAGGGAAAGCCGGACCGAAGAUGGGUCAGAUGACGACGGGAGCGAUGAGGAUGACGAGGAUGGAACUGCAGGGAAGUCGUUGCCGGAGCCGCAGGCUGAGAAGACCCCCACCAAACGACGGUCAAGACCCACGAAGAAGGCUGAAGAUGAGCCGCUCGACGACGUGCCUGAUAUCAGCACGGGACGCAAAGCUCGAAGGGGGAAAGUGAAGGACGAAAAUGAGGACACGCCCGUUGUCAAGCGCGGUCGAAAGAAGAAGUUUGCAGGGGUCGAUGAGAAUGAGGUCGACCCUCUGCCGCCGGCCAGGCGUCGUGCUUUGAGGCGGAUCUUUGGGGAGUGUUACAAGGCAGUUGAGAACUCCGAGGUCGAAUAUGACAACGGUAUGACUCGCCUUCGAUGUGACCUCUUCCGCGAGCUGCCGGCUCGGGCGCACUACCCCGACUACUAUCAACUGAUCAAAUCGCCCAUUGCCAUGGACAUGAUCUCGCAUCGUAUGAACCACGCGUAUUACAAGACGCUCGACCAGUUCGUCGCCGACUUCCAUCUGAUGUUCGCCAACGCAAUGCUUUACAACGUGGAGGGGUCUGAAGUCUACGAAGACGCCGUGCAAAUGAAAUUCGCCCUCGACACCCGUGUGCAGGAACUGGCACCAGGUGGCCAAAUCAUCAUCACGGAACAGGACCAAGAACCGCCGAGCAACAAACGCAAGCACUCGAUGAUGUCCGCCGCAAGUGACAAUGACGACGACGCAGGUCCGUCAAACAGCGGUCGUGGCUCCAAAUCUUCACGCAACAAACGUUCGAGCGUGACCAAUGCGUCGGACGCCGAAGGCGACGACAGCAUUCGCCGGCCCAAGAAGAAGAAGCGCGAUUUGGGCGUGCCGGGCAUAUCGAACAAGUACGGAUCGCUGCCGAAAAUUCGGAUGCGAUUGCCUGCCCCGCCUCCUCAGGUAGAUCCUAGUAUCGAAGAUGGGGAAAUCCCUGAAUGAGUCGAGGUGGUGCAGGGAUCAUCACGGGCUUGGGCUGAUGGACGGGAUGUGAGGGCGUAGAUGGUUUUGUGAGGGUGGUUUCUUGAUGUGUAUAUAUGGCCUUUAUAUCUGGUGUUGAAAAGAACGUCUUGCGAACGUAAUAACCAUGCAUAUGGGAGUUUCUAUGGGGUGAUGUCUUUCGUGUAGUGUGCGGU